CCGGAGCAAGCGACGCCCUACCUGCGCCCUCUGCUUCAGUUCGCGGCCGCCCACGUCCCGGCUCAGAAGCACAAGGAAACGCCGCUUUACACCCUGUGCACGGCAGGCAUGCGGCUGCUGCCCGAGAGGCGACAAGCUGCAAUCCUGGAGGACUUGGUGAGAAAUGUGCCGCUGGAGUUUGAUUUCCUCUUCUCCAAAUCGCAUGCAGAAGUGAUCUCAGGGAAACAGGAAGGUGUCUAUGCUUGGAUCGGCAUCAACUUUGUCCUGGGCCGGUUUGAUCAUGAGGACGAGGAGGAUGCGGUGGUCACUGUAGCGCUGGGGAACCAGGGAGAGUCCCUGAUUCGGAAACGAACGGUUGGGAUCCUAGACAUGGGGGGCGCCUCCCUGCAGAUCGCCUAUGAAGUGCCCGACUCCGGAGCCUUCUCCUCCCCACGGCAGGAGGAGGCUGCUAAGAGCUUACUGGCAGAAUUCAACCUGGGCUGCGACGUGCAGCACACUGGCCACUUGUACCGUGUCUACGUCAACACCUUCCUGGGCUUCGGGGGCAAUUUUGCCCGGCAGCGCUACGAGGAGCUUGUGCUGAACCAGACCUAUGUGCACAACCGCCUGCCCAGUCAGCGGACAGGGCUGAGCCCCGAGACGCCCUUCCUGGACCCCUGCUUGCCCGUGGGGCUGGAGGACACGGUGGCCAGGGGUGGCCAAACCCUGUACAUGCGGGGGCGAGGGGACUGGCCAGCCUGCGUGGAGCUGCUGCAGCCCCUCCUGGCCGGGCCCAACAGCAGCCAGGCCUCCCUGGCGGGGGCCUACAAAGCACCCAUCGACUUCGGCAACAGCGAGUUUUACGGCUUCUCUGAGUUUUUCUACUGCACUGAGGACGUGCUGCGCCUGGGGGGCCACUACAGUGCCUCCACCUUCACUUCUGCCGCCCAGGAGUACUGCAGCCAGCGAUGGGAGGUGCUGACCCAGCGCUUCCGCGGUGGCCUCUACUCGGCGCAUGCCGACCAGCACCGGCUGAAGUAUCAGUGCUUCAAAUCAGCCUGGAUGUACCAAGUCCUUCACCAGGGCUUCCGCUUCCCCCUGGACUACCCCAGCCUGCGCACGGCCCAGCUGGUGUACGAUCGGGAGGUGCAGUGGACACUGGGAGCCAUCCUCUACAAGACACGGUUUCUGCCACUCAGGGAUCUCCGGCAGGAGAGCAUCCGGCAAGCACAUGCCUCCUGGCUGCGCCUCUCUUUUGUCUACAACCACUAUCUCUUCUUCGCCUGCAUCCUGGUUGUAGCGCUGGCCAUAGUCCUCUACCUCCUGCGGCUGCGCCACAUCCACCGUCGGCAGCUGCGCUUGGCCCAGCUCACCCUGCUCUGGCUGGACAAGGUGGUGGUGCCACCCAUCCAGGGAAAUGGGCCAUGACACCGGUGGCAUCCACCGUCCAGUUGCACCAGCAGAACCAGGACUGGCUGACAGCCUGGGCUCCGAGGGCUUGGACUCUUUCUUAAAGACCAUCUCAACUCCGCACUCCAUCGUCUCCACAUCAGAACCAGAGCCUCUGGGCUGAGGCAGCUACGGACACCGGAGCUUUCCUCUCCACCUCACCCCAGUCCUAAUCUUUGCAUUCUUUGGCCUCUGGCCUUCGCCUCACUACGUGGUGUAGAGCAAAGUCCUCUGCUGCCAGCGGGCUGAAGGCCACAGCCCUGGCAGGUCCCUCAGAUAAGCAGUACGCUAUCACCGAGGCGGCCAACCCAGGGCUGUGGCCUGAAGCACCUGGCCACCCCAUGACUCAGCCACCGGUUCGCAGAGCAACCUGGUGAGGUGCUGCAGCUCAUCAGCUGGGGUGGCCUUUCUGCAGUCCCUUACACGCCCAUGGGCUGGAGAAGUCGCCAGCAAAGUCACUGCAGGAGCCAAGUGAGCCAGGAGCUCCACCGAGCUGCUCCGCCCAGCCCAGGCCCUCUGGGAGCAUUCCUUAAGAGGUGUCCUGCUCUUUGCCAUGUCUUCCCCUCCCAGGACAAUCCUCCCACGGUCCUAGCCGAUGCCCCAGGCUCAGCACCGAGGGCU